CUCAAGAGCACUUUUUCCAAACAAAGAAUAAACUAAUAUUUUCAAAAUGUCUUGUCAAGUGGAACAAAUAGCUGAUUGUGGCGAUUUAUCCAGUUUAGGAAGAGCUUUAUUUAUAUCUGAAAAAGAAGGACACUUGCUUUUGCUAGAAAAAUUAGAUGACUGUCCAGUUAUGAAGAUUUCUUGCCAUACUGGAACUUAUGGAACCUUGCCUGAUGAUAUACACAUCCUCUUUUCAACUUGCGAGUGUAUUGUCACAGGUUCAACCCUAUAUCAAACACUCAGGAAUGCAAAGGCACAACUGGCAAGAGUGAGGGCUGGUAUUCAAGGGGACUAUUCAGUCGACAGUCGUAGUAUCAAUAUACGAAAAUGGACAUUCUGUGAACAAGAGGUUAUAAAUGAUGCUUCUGUGGUGGGACUAGACCUCAAGAAUACCUAUGAUCAUUUGUUAGCAGCAUCCACAUAUGGAGGAUAUGAUGUUUGGUAUCGUUCAGUACCAGCAGUCAAUACUUUAAUACUUGGAACGGGUGUUAAGCCAUAUGUUGGUUUUCACUAUGCUCUUGAAGGUGGAACAGCACCGCCACUUCAAGACGUAGCUAGAGCUGUUGCUAAUAAGAUCAAGUCAGCACUUCCAGGCUGGCUCGGAGGAGGCUCCACAGAAAAUACUACAGUUGGAAAUGAGCCACUGAUUCGCUCCGAGGGUCUAUCAAUGCGCAAUGGCUUGUUUGAUGGACAACGUAAUGGCAACUCAGUAGCUGUAUCACCUGAUCGUCGACUUGCUGCCAUUGUGGACAGCUUGGGCCGUGUUGCAGUUCUAGAUGUGACUCGUGGACAUCUAAUUAGACUCUUCAAAGGUUGCAGAGAUGCACAAUGUGCAUUUGUUCAGAUCUUUGAAAUGGAAGACAAGAAACCGAAAUUAUCUAUUGUAAAAGAACUAAAGCGAGCAAUAUUCCUAAUUAUAUAUAAUCCCAAAAAAGGCCUCAUUGAUAUAAGAAUAAUGCAAAAAGGAAACAGGGUGGCAGCUUUUACUGCGACCAAAAACGGCCUUCUUCUGUACAAUACAUGCGGCCUAGUAGGUGCGGUGAAAAACUAUACGUACAAAAAAAUAAAUUUGCCUGAGUUUCAAUGUGUAUUAAUGGACCCAGAUGGAACAUUAAAGAAGUUUAAUAUUCCAUUCUUUUAUGCUCUGGAAGGAGAAUAUUCUCAAAGAUCUAAAGACCUCCACGUUUUGCGAGAUCUACGCGAAUACCUUAGAAAAACAUCUUCAGACUCUGAAGAUUUUGUUGAAGAAUUACUAAAAAAAGUCACUGAAUUAAAAACACUGGAUUUGAAAAAGCAUUGUUUAGAUAAAAUGUUAGUAAGGAAGUAUGAAAUAACUCCGAAAAUUGUCAUGACUUGUCUAAGUCUGUUCUGGGAUAGCAUUGAAAACGAAGAAUUGAGUGAUCAAUUAAUUGAAAUUAAAAACUACUUUGCAAAUCUUGCCCUAGCAACUUUAUUCUUUAGACAUAUGAACGGAGAAAAUGUUGAUGAUAUGCAAGAUUUAGUAAUUAAAGUACACAGCUACAAAAAUAUAUGUACAGAAAGAACUGAAAUACCCAGAUCCAUCCACUCAGAAACUGAAAAAGGUGAAAUGGAUCAAAGUACUGAAACUCCAUGCUUUGAACUUUUGGAGGAUGAUAAUUGUAUCUUGGAGCGAUUAUUGACACUAGCAAAAGAAAUUAAUUACAAAGAACAACAUGCUAGAGUAACUUUUGCCGUUAAUAACACUAGUGCAUACAAAGAAUUCCUUUCAUGUUUCAAUUUAGAUUCUAAAGAUGAAUGCAUACGCUUGAAGUCUGAAACUACUACAGAUCAAAUGAAUACUCUAGCCAGUAGUACAUUUAAAUCUAUAUUCAAAUUAAAUGAUGUCACAUUGUUGAGUGAUUUCGUAAGAGAGUGUAAUAUGGAUCCUAAAGAAAUAGUAAAACUAUUAAUUAUGCAGGUAAUGAACAUGCCAUUACAAGAUAUUAAUUUGGAGCUCAUUGAGAAACUGAUACAAGUUUUAUAUUUCCUGUGCAAUAUUAUAGAAGAAGCAACACAAAUAGCUUAUAAUGAGACAUCACCAUGGUGGCAGGAUGUUCGCGAUAUAUUAGUAGAUAUGCCAUGUCCUUUGAGAAGCAUGAUAGUGGCAAUGGCUUGUAAAGCAGUCAGUAGAAUAUUUGAAAUAAAAUGUCAAGAAAUAGAUGACACUCUGUGGGAAUCUGUUACUGAAGAAAAUGCCAAAUGGGGUAUCCUAAUUGGCAAGUUGGAAGAUAUUUCCAUACUUAGUAUCAUACUCAUGUUCAAAGAUUCAUUAGCUGAAAAUUCUUUACCGAAACUCCAAAUGACUGAAUUUAACAUAAAUCUAAAAUACAUAUACACAAGAGGAAAUGGAUCUGUUACAGAAUUAAUAGCGAAGUGGUUAUGUAGUAUGGGCGUUGUUCCAGAAGCAAUCAUAACUAACGAAUUACUUGAAAAAUAUGCUGGUGUUGAUUUAGAAACAUACUUUGAUAACAGCGACGACGACCAUGAUUACAUUUAUAUUAUGAACCAUCGUUCAUAUCUUGAUGAAAAUCCUGAAAUAUUUAAAUGGCUUUCUCUUUUGAGACAACAGUUUCCGUUGAGUACGUCUUCAAACUACAUAAUUGCUAAUAUGUGUUGGGAAUAUUCAAUAGCUUGGCAAAAGUCUAUGCAAAAUUGUGAACUUCUCAAUACAGUCAAUCAUUGUCUAAAGUGCAUAUCAGAUUUACAUAUAAGACUAGGUUUAUAUUCAAUAAUAUGGUUUACAUACAUCAAGCAUGUAUUUGAAGCAAGUUGUCGGCUGGUAAACAAAGUGGGCCGGCUACCAAAGGAUCCAUUGUGUCUUCAAGAUGUUGGAUAUGACAGUACAACUAUGAUUAAAUUUCUCGAAAUUGUUACAAUAUACUUGGGAGAAUUCUUAGACUGUUCACAUAUGUCCAUUAGUCAUGAUAAAAUAAGCAUUCAAUAUGAACAAAUUUGGGACGAAAGUACCCCUUCUUUAGUGGAAGUGGCUCAAGAUAAUAAAAAAGUUAAUAAUGAUAUAUUAAAUUUGAACUAUCAAAUCUCAUGCACAGUGUACUAUAUGUGUCAUUUUAAUGUAAAAGUAUCUAAACCACUAGACAGCUUGUACGAUAUUGACUACCAGUACAUAUUUGAUUCAUUAAUUAAUAGUAAACACACUAGAGAAAUAAACAUGAGACCAUCAGAAAAACUAAGAAAUCCAAGAUUCAAGUUCUUAACAAAACUUAUUCGGUGUGCUGUAGAUACAAUAACUACUAGAGAUGAACUUGGAUCACUCCAAUAUAAUUGUGGGGAAUGUUUUCCUUGGAUUGAGAAAAUAACUGUUUUAGCGGAGUUAUGGAGCAUCGACAUUGAUUUUGUACGACGUCAGCAGGUUAUAGCUUUAUACCACCUUGGAUAUGACGUAUUGGCUGACAAAAUAAUAACUUUGAUUAAGGAACCAGAAGUACUGGUCACACCUAUUCUAGCAAUAACAACACAAAGAUUCAAGAGAAGUUUGGAACAAUCAAGCAAUCAACCGGAAUGGAUAGUUACAAUGCCACCACAUCUUUACAAACGUCUCCAGAAUGUAGCAUUGGAUACUUCCAUACCAGCUCAUCCAUCUUUGGCGACGACAAAAACAGUCCUGAACAGCUUGCUUUACCUAAUAGAUCAAAAAGAAAACUGCUCAGCAAAUCCUCAAGAGCUUAAAGCCAUAGAACUCUUUAUGGACAACUGUGACGUGUUGAUUGCAUAUAAACUACACAAAACAUAAAAGUUCCUGACAAAUUGUAACCUUAACA